UAGUGGCUCAGAUGCUGUUUCUGUACGCCCUUACUGCCAAAUCAUGAGGCCCAGAUACAAUUUGUGCCCCAAGAUACAGAAACUUGAAAUGACUUGCCAGUGGUCGUACACCUUGCUAAAAACAAUGCCAAGACCAGAACCCAGGUCUUUCAAAUUUGCUGUGUCAUUGAAUUACUUACAAAAGGACCUGCUAGUAAAACUUUUUAAGUGUAAUACUAGAAAACUAAAGAAUCGUUAGUGUUAUGUGCAUUUUCUAAAAAAUCAACUAAUGACAAAAUUAUACUUCAAUCUUUAGAUGAUAAAAUAGAUAGAGGUUAUAUUGUAUUGUACACUCAGAUACAUUAAGCAAACAGAAAUUCCCUUCUGUUAUUAUUACUACAUGUGCUAUGGUAGAGCGUUAAACUGGGAUGACCUUUAUUCAGCAAAGAAGCAUACACCACAAAGCAAAAUUUAAACAGAAAGUUGGAUAUGAACAUGAAGUCUACUUGUAAGUAAAUACAAAUUUAAUAACCAUUCUUUGAAUAGCUAUAAAAACUCACUUGGAGACCAUGCAUUGCAGUUUGGAAAACUGGUUGCUAUGUCUUAUUCCAAAAGCCUUCAUCAUUGACAUAUCAGGCAGACUCUCAUCUUAGGUAUGGAGAUGGGUUUUUAAAUUAUUAGCUUUAGCAUCAUGAUCUUCUAGUUUACUCAUUAAUUUAGCAAGUAUUUUGUGAGAAAAUACUAUGUGCCAGGCAUAUUUUUGUGUUCUAGAUGCUCAAGAUACUACAAUGAUCAAUGCAGACCAACUUUUGCUCUUUGGAGCUUACAUUUCAAUGCUCAGGUAUUUUCUCAGUGAUGAGAGUAAAAUAAAAUGAUAAAGUAAAUCUAAGCAGUGCUGUUUUAGAAUACUACUGGUGAUAUUUUUAUUAGUUGGCGUUUGAAAUGAAUUUGGAAUUUACUGCUUGUCUUUCUUGGGGAAUUUGAAAAUAGAGGUGCAUAUGGAAAAUGGAGGUGUAAAAACACUACAUAUCCAGUACUAAUUAGUAUUUUCAGAAUGUCAGAAGACAUUCUUAAAGCUUCAAAUAAAACAAUUAGAUGCUGUUAAGGGAGUUUCCAAUUACUUGGGAGGGAACUUCACGUACUUAUUGACCUCUUCUUUCUUCUGUUGGGAUAUCUCAGUCUAUAGGAAUGACUUCUCAGUCUCUAGGGAUGACUUCCCUUCUCACUCAAUGCACACUCACCCAUUCUCAUUCUCUCACACUCUUUGUCCUGCCCCUUGCACAGGCUCUGUCCCUUCCACAUCUUCGCUUGCAUACUUUCACGGGUUCCAUUUCAUCCUGGUCCCCUUUCAAGCACAGGUUCUCUACAUAUGACAUUUUUUUAAAAAGCUCAGCCAGUAGAUGUCUCCAUUACUCCCUCAUAGCCAAGACUUCUGCAAGUAGGUUUUAAUCAUUUCUUCAACCGACAAGGAGGAGGAUUUGAUGAUUUGCCAAAAAUGAGCAGAUGCUCAGGAGGACACGUCUCCAUCCUACGUCCCUCCCCUCCGAUUUAAGUCAGAAAUGAAAACUCCUUUCUUCCUCUUUUUCAGGCAAAAAGGCUGAUUGAACUAAGCAUGCAAGACGCCAGCACCCUCCUCCUCAGUACGUACAAGUUUCCUUCCUUCUGAGCCACAAAAGCUCUGCUUCUCCCCUCACUCCCGCCCACCUCAUCCAACCCCCUCAGGUUUCAGAGUCAUCGGGGAACGCGAGUGGGUGAAAGCACUCGGCGCUGCUGCAUCUCGAGCCACCGCCUCCUUCUGCGCCUCCUCUGUGCCGCCUCGGGUUCAGCACUGGACAGCUCCCGCCCCAUUCCCCGCAAACGGCAGUCGGCUAAUUGACAUAGGAGGCGACCAAACAGGGAACAAGAUGGACUUGAUGCCGCCCUACAAGGGUUUGGUUGCGGCCAAGCUGCCGCUUUAAACAGGCUUUCCUCCCGAGAGCAGGGAGAGGCAGGAGUGUGGUUUGUGGCCAAGCCCAAAGCUCCAAUUAACCAGUUGCCUGGCCCUCUGGACCCCAGAGAGUCAAGCGCCGUAACAGAAAUCUUCGCUCUGUGGGACUGGCUGCUGCGUCUCGGUGCCUGUCUGGGUGAGCGCGCUCCGCGCGCCUCCGGGCGGAGAGAACGAGGAGGAGGAGCCAGAGCUGGGAGGCGGGAACAACCUGCCGCGGGUGAGAUGAUGGAGCAGCGUUUGCGGCGGCCGCGGCGGCAGCAGCCCCAGCAGCUCUUGAACACACCUCAAUGAGAGCAGCGGUGGAAGCUGCCGAGCAGAAAGACGUAAGCAGGCUAACUAUAGCUGCCAGGAGCCAGAGGGGAGGUAACCUGUUCGGCUCAAGGCUGUGAGGUGCGUAAUUUUGAGCCGACCCAUCGUGGAGCAGCUGCAGCCGGCGUUGCCACAGGUGAUUCGAUUUCCUGUGACGGUAGCUUAGCCACAGUAAGAUCUGGAGGCAUUCUUAUUUUAAAGUCCUUUUCGACUGAGUGUCAACUGGAGACGGGAGAAGACUCCUAAUAAAAGUCUUACUGUUGGUAAAUUGACGACCAAAAUUUUAAAAGUGACUCCUCCCGUUACCUCCUCUCCUCUGAGAGGCAGAUGGGAGCCAUGGCUUAUCCCUUACUCUUCUGCCUCCUGCUCACUCAUCUGGGACUGGGAGCUGUUGGUGCCAGCCGCGACCCUGCGGGACGUCCGGGUGCGCCGCGAGAGAGGACCCUGAGGGGGAAGCAGCACGCCCAGCAGCCGGCUGGAGCUUCUGUCUCGGACCCCUCGGCUCCCUGGAGCCGCUCCACCGACGGCACCAUCUUGGCGCAGAAACUCGCCGAGGAGGUGCCCAUGGACGUGGCCUCUUACCUCUACACCGGGGACUCCCACCAGCUGAAGCGAGCCAACUGCUCCGGCCGCUAUGAGUUGGCGGGCCUGCCCGGGAAGUCUACAGCCCUAGCCAGCUCCCAUCCCUCUUUGCACGGGGCACUGGACACGCUGACACACGCUACCAACUUCCUCAACAUGAUGCUGCAGAGCAAUAAGUCGCGAGAGCAGAACUUGCAGGACGACCUGGAGUGGUACCAGGCACUGGUGCGGAGUCUCCUGGAGGGUGAGCCCAGCAUCUCCCGGGCGGCCAUCACCUUCAGCACCGAGUCGCUGUCCACGUCCGCCCCGCAGGUCUUCCUCCAGGCCACUCGCGAGGAGAGUCGCAUUCUGUUUCAGGACCUGUCGUCCUCGGCACACCACCUGGCCAACGCCACUCUGGAGACCGAGUGGUUCCAUGGCCUCCGGCGCAAGUGGCGGACCCACGUACACCGCCGCGGCUCCAAUCACGGGUCCCGGGGCCUGGGCCAUAGCUGGCGGCGCAGGGACGGGUUUGGCGGGGACAAGAGCCAUGUCAAAUGGUCUCCGCCUUAUCUGGAGUGCGAGAACGGGAGCUACAAGCCCGGGUGGCUGGUCACUCUCUCCGCUGCUUUCUACGGCUUGCAGCCUAACUUGGUCCCAGAAUUCAGGGGUGUCAUGAAAGUGGACAUAAGUCUUCAGAAAGUGGACAUUGACCAAUGUUCGAGUGAUGGCUGGUUUUCAGGAACUCACAAAUGUCACCUUAACAAUUCGGAGUGUAUGCCCAUUAAAGGCCUCGGAUUUGUGCUUGGAGCCUAUCAGUGCAUUUGCAAAGCAGGAUUCUAUCAUCCCCGAGUCUUCUCAGUGAACAAGUUUCAGAGAAGGGGUCCGGAUCACCAUUUUGCAGAAAGUACAAAAGAUGUGUCAGAAGAAGCCCAUGUCUGCCUACCCUGCAGGGAGGGCUGCCCCUACUGUGCUGAUGACAGCCCCUGCUUUGUCCAGGAGGAUAAGUAUUUGCGACUUGCUAUCAUCUCCUUCCAAGCCCUGUGUAUGCUGCUCGACUUCGUUAGCAUGCUGGUGGUCUACCGCUUUCGCAAAGCAAAGAGCAUCAGGGCAUCGGGCCUUAUCCUGUUGGAAACAAUCCUUUUUGGGUCUCUGCUUCUAUACUUUCCGGUCGUUAUUUUGUACUUUGAGCCAAACACAUUUCGCUGUAUUCUCCUAAGAUGGGUCCGCCUCCUCGGUUUUGCUACUGUUUAUGGAACUGUCACUCUCAAGCUCCACAGGGUUUUGAAAGUGUUCCUUUCUCGAACAGCCCAACGGAUUCCAUACAUGACUGGUGGACGGGUUAUGAGGAUGCUGGCAGUAAUACUCCUGGUAGUGUUUUGGUUUCUUGUUGGCUGGACUUCAUCUGUUUGCCAGAAUUUGGAGAGGCAGAUUUCUCUUAUUGGCCAAGGUCAAACAUCUGAUCACCUCAUCUUCAAUAUGUGCCUCAUCGAACGCUGGGAUUACAUGACAGCAGUUGCUGAAUUUUUGUUCCUCUUGUGGGGUGUUUAUCUCUGCUACGCAGUGCGGACAGUCCCAUCAGCAUUUCACGAGCCACGCUACAUGGCUGUAGCAGUUCACAAUGAGCUGAUCAUCUCUGCUAUAUUCCAUACAAUUAGAUUUGUUCUUGCCUCAAGGCUUCAGUCUGAUUGGAUGUUGAUGCUGUAUUUUGCACAUACUCAUUUGACUGUGACAGUCACUAUUGGGUUGCUUCUGAUUCCAAAGUUUUCACAUUCAAGCAAUAAUCCACGAGAUGACAUUGCUACAGAAGCAUAUGAGGAUGAGCUAGACAUGGGCCGGUCUGGAUCCUACCUGAACAGCAGUAUCAACUCAGCUUGGAGUGAGCACAGCUUGGAUCCAGAGGACAUUCGGGAUGAACUGAAGAAACUCUAUGCUCAGUUGGAAAUAUAUAAAAGGAAGAAGAUGAUCACAAAUAACCCCCACCUCCAGAAAAAACGGUGCUCGAAAAAGGGGUUAGGUCGUUCAAUCAUGAGGCGUAUAACUGAGAUCCCAGAGACAGUCAGCAGACAAUGUUCCAAAGAGGACAAGGAAGUCACAGAGCACAGCACAACCAAGAGCACUGCCCUCGGUAGGAAAAACCCUCAAGAGUCUUCAGGUAAUACCGGGAAACCCAAGGAGGAGUCCCUGAAAAACCGAGUCUUCUCACUAAAGAAAUCCCAUAGCACUUACGAUCAUGUAAGAGACCAAACAGAAGAGUCCAACAGUUUACCUACUGAGAGCCAAGAAGAGGAAGCUACAGAAAAUUCCACACUGGAGUCUCUGUCAGGUACAAAACUAACACAAACACUGAAAGAAAACAGCGAGGCUGAGUCCACAGAAUCUGUGCCUUUGGUGUGCAAGUCAGCAAGUGCUCACAAUCUCAGCUCAGAGAAGAAGCCGGGCCACCCACGAACAUCCAUGCUUCAGAAGUCUCUCAGUGUCAUAGCAAGUGCCAAGGAAAAGACUCUUGGAUUAGCUGGGAAAACCCAAACGUCAGGUGUGGAAGAACGUGCUAAAUCCCAGAAACCUCUGCCAAAAGAUAAAGAGACAAACAGAAAAUACUCAAAUUCAGAUAAUACAGAGAAUAAAGAUUCUGUUCCUCAAAACUCCAGUCAUUUGGAGGAGCCAGGAAAACCUCAGAAAUCUGGAAUUAUGAAGCAACAAAGGUCCAACCUCCCCACUGCCAAUUCUGACAUGAGCCCAUGUACCACUGAGAUGAAGGACAACUUUGACAUAGGGGAAGUGUGCCCUUGGGAGAUUUAUGACCUGACCCCUGGUCCUGUGCCUUCAGAAUCAAAAGUUCAAAAGCACGUAUCUAUUGCGGCUUCUGAAAUGGAGAAAAACCCAACAUUUUCCUUAAAGGAGAAAUCUCAACACAAGCCUAAGGCAACUGACCUAUGUCAGCAAUCCAAUCAGAAGAGCAGAGACAAAGCCGAGGUCUGCCCUUGGGAGAACCAAGGUCAGCCCCUUUUUGAAGAUGAGAAGCAUUUGAUAUCUAAGACUCAGGUGCCCCCAGGGAGGGCAAAAGAUGAGAAAGGUAGUCAGCAUUAUGCAGCCAAUGUGUGUGCUGGGCAAUAUGAAGAACUGUCCCCCAAAGUUGUGGCAUCAAAAGUAGAGAAUGAAAAUCUUAACCAAGUAGGAGACCAGGAAAAAAAGACAUCUUCCUAUAAUUCAAGUAAUAACUUUCAGCAGCCUUUAACAUCACGAGCUGAGGUGUGUCCUUGGGAGUUUGAGUCACCAGAUCAACCAAAUGCUGGAAGUAAUGUAGCUUUACCUGCCUCUUUGGCUUUAAAUGCAAAUCAGAUAGCAGAACCUCGAAAAUAAGAGGUCUUGGAUACCUUCAAAGUGCAGCAUCCCCAGAAAGAAAAGGAGGAAAACUUGAAUUUGAUAUGAGACAGAAGAUACAAGGAUCAAAAAUUCCAAAGAGUAUUUGCCAAUCAGGGGAAAUGUGAAAGGCAUGGAAAGUCAGAAGACGCCUGAGGAGGGUAGAGAAACAUCAUCAUGGAGAAGUUAGACUGGCCAAAAAGUCUUUCCCCUGGUAACACUAGGAAAACCUUAACAUUUCAGCCUGUUUAGAGGAAGUAGCCCACAACACCUUCCCCUGAUCAAUAUUUACCCACAGGACUUUGAAGAUCCUAAUCAAGGCAAGCCAGAAGACACAAGAAAGGUAUGAUAUUUGCAAAGAAGGUAUAAAUGAAAUUCUAAGUAGCUGACUGAAAAGAACUUACUCUACCUAUAUAACCUUGAUAACACUGCUAACUUAAUGCAUCCCAAAAAUAUCUUUUAUAUUAAUGAUUUCUCUCAUUUUUCUUAUAAAUGUAUGUUUCAGUACAUUGUUGUGUCUCAUAUUCAAGCAUUCCAGAUUGUAUAAUUUUUGCAAAUAACUUUGAUACUAUGUGACACACAUUUAUGCAAUCUACAGCUACUCAAUUGUUCUUGCAACUUACAGAAUACCUGCGAUCUAUCAACUUUAGUUGAUUCUUGAAGUACAGUAAACUUUCUCUAGCUUGGGAAGUCAUAAUUGUUAUGAUAAAAAUCUCUUAGUUUUGGCUGUGAUUUAUAUAUUGCAAAUUUAGAGUAACUAUUAUUUCACAUCAUGGUUUGUAAUACUGUCUUAAUCAGGGUUUUUAAUACAAGUUAAGUUACUUGUUUUGCACUUCUUGUUAGGACUCAGAAGCUUUAUUAAUAUCAGAGAUCAAGUGGUCCUACAUAGUUUUAUGUCUCAAUAAGUUAAGGACAACUUAUCUAUUGUUUGAGAUCAGAAAUAGAUAAUGCCUUCAUUUUAACUAAUUGUCCCUUUUAACUCUUUCAGUAUUUCAUACUUAGCAGCAUUUCAUAAGGAAGAAGCUAAGAGUGAGAAGAAUAUACUGUGCAUUAAUAUUAUCACUGGAAAGGGAAGACACUAAGAAUGACAUGAGAAUUACAGCAGUACUGUAAGCCAGGAAAUUUGCCUUUCAAAACAGAUAGAAAGGGAGCUCCUGAUAGCACUUUCAAGGUGUUAUUUUUUUAAAGAGAUAAAUUAUGAUAGCAUCAAGAUUAUUAAAUGGAUGUAUUUUUAUUGUGCAUACUAAAUAUAUAAUAUUUUAAAUGACCUUAAACUAUUUAUUCUCAUAAACUCUUACUCAUUGCUUCAGCUAGGGGUAGAACUUGCUGGGCUCAAAUCCCAAAGAAACUUAUAACUCGAUUUAUUCCAAGCCUAUAAGGUGGUGCCAGCUCAUCCUUCUACCAAGCACUGGAAAACUUAUGUGUCCUGCAAAUUGUCAUUGUGAGCCACCUAGCGCAAAAUUUAAAGUGCAGAGGUUUAUUUGCAAAGCAAAACAGCCCCCAAAGCAUAUUUUAUAAAACUUGCUGCAGUCCACACUGAUCAUGUGGCAUGAAAAUCCUGAGCUUCUGACUUAGCCCUACUGAUGUGACCACAGAAGGAGGUUCCAUUAAAAAGCUCAGUCCCAUUGUAUUUAAAGAUGAGUCUCUUAAACACAGAACCCACCUCCCUUUCCCCAGUACUAAAACUGAAGUCUCAAUGGCUUAUUUGGCCAGGACAUUUCCAGACUAAGUGACUUUUUCAUUUGGAUAAAAAUGAGAAAGGGAAUGGAAGGUGGAUGCAGGGCUGUUCUUGGAGAAUAUCAUUCUUGGUGGACAGUAAAAGCUAGGACUUCUUCUUAUUCAUCAUCAAAAUUUUCUCAACAAUUUUUAUUGAGGAGUAAGCGAGCACUUCACCAUUUUACAAAGCUGUGCACAUAUCACCCUCACCCAUUUCCUCACUUUGUGCAUUACUCAGGUUAGUGGGGUCGGUGUGAAGAGAUAGAAAUUCUAUUUUUUGUGUGCUUCCUUCAUUUAUUUUUUCUUCCCUUCCUUUUCAAUCAAGGCCUAUCUAGUUGGUAACUUAGAAAUAUAACUCUAAGGUAUAUUUGUAUACCAGUUUACAGACCCACCUACUUGUUUAAUUUAUGUCUGAGAUCUGUUGGCACUGUAUUCACUUUUUGAGACAUAAACAGUCAAGCAUCAAUGACUUUAUUGCACUUCAGGUUAAUCUGGCUAGAGGUGUGGCUUAAAAAAAACUUGCCAAAUGAUACCAUAGUCUAUAGAUUUUCCUCCACCAGCAUAAAUCAGUGAGAGUGCCUAGGUCUUUCCUAGAGUUUCAUUGCCAUUACUUAUCACCAAGAGAAGUUUAAAUCUACACUUCCUGAGGUUGUUUUCCCAGACUGAUGAUAAGAAAGUGAAUGAGCACCAAUGAGGUCACAAACAUUUCCUAGGUUGUCCUUCUCAAUGCAUGUGCAGGCUGCAUCCUGUCCUUAUUUUUAAGCCAGGGUUUAUAACUAAGUAGAUUUAUACCAAUUUAAUAGAACUGUAUAUUUUAUGCCAGAAUUAAAUGCUUUACGACAUGACUUAUAACUCAACCCAGUGUAAACUUUGGUGGCAAUCUGGACUUGAAACUCGACAGUUCUCUUGUAUUUGCUUCAUAGGUUUCUGCAUGCAAGUGGUGACAGGUAGGACUGAAAAAAACACUGCCUUUUGACUUUCUAGCAUUUAGCAACCGAGAGUCGUAGAGUCAAUAAAGCUGUAAGUCUCUUCACUUAAUCUGUGGUUCUUUUGAAACUGUUAUCUGAAACCUAUAGCAUCCCACCAUAAAAUAUUUGGUAAAUUUAUGUUGUGACAUGUUGCAGCAUGUAAAUACUUAUAACAUCUCUGCAAUAAAACAUAUUUAUAUGAAAGUGA